GGGCAAUGGCCUCGCUGUAUCAGCGCUUCUCGGGCAAGAUCAACACGUCGCGCUCCUUCCCCGCGCCCCCCGAGGCCAGUCGCCUGCUGGGCGGCCCCGGGUCCGAGGAGGACGGCGCCAAGCCCCCCGCCGCCCCCGCGGCGCCCCGACUCCGGUACCAGGCGCGCGGCGACCGGGACGACGAGGACGAGCUGGUGGGGAGCAACCCCCCGCAGAGGAACUGGAAGGGCAUCGCCAUCGCCCUGCUGGUCAUCCUGGCCAUCUGCUCCCUCAUCGUCACCUCCGUCAUCCUGCUGACACCAGCGGAAGACACCGACCUGUCUCAGAAGAAGAAGGUCACGGUGGAGGACCUCUUCAGCGACCACUUCAGAAUCCACGACCCCCAGGCCAAGUGGAUAAGCGAUACGGAAUUCAUCUACCAGGAGCCGAAAGGGAGCGUCGUCCUGCGGAACGUGGAAGCCAACACCUCCAGGGUGCUCGUGGAAGGCAAGAAGAUCGAGUCUCUGAGAGCCAUCCGCUACGAGAUCUCUCCCGAUAAGGAGUACGCCCUGUUCGCCUACAACGUGGAGCCGAUCUAUCGAUACUCCUACACAGGCUAUUAUGUCCUGAGCAAGAUUCCUCACGGCUGUGUGGUCACUUUCCAGCAGGCCAAGGGCUCAGCCCCAGAAGCCCCGUGGACACUGGAGCCCAAGGGGGGUCUACACCGGACACCACAGAUGUCUCCGCCACUUAACCAAGCCACCUGGAUGCCCAGGGACCCACAGGAACUAGCCGGAGACCCUCUUAAUUCCCGGCUAAUCCUCUCCCCCCUCACACAAACACAGCCCAAGGCAGCUGGUCACGCAGCAAAGCCCAAGAUGGAACAGAGGGUGGGCCCCACACAGCGGCCCCAGGUCCGGACUGCUCCCCUUCAGGGGGUGGAAACCGCAGAAGAACUCUGGCACUGA